AUGGGGCUUCUCGCCUUAGCCGUGCGGACAACGGGCUGUCUUGAAUCGACCCCCAUCUUCUUCAAAAUUCCGUCACCGAAUCCCACCCGUCUUCCCUCAAACAUACCCCUCCGAACACUUCCCGCCCACGACGAGCGAGACCUCCGGCACCACCGCCAGCAGUCGUCCUGGCUCCUUACAUCGCACGGCCACGGCUCCCCCGCCGACGAGCCAGCCUACUCUGCGUCUGAAGACGGUUCCGACGAAUCCUCGUGGACCGACACUGGUGACAUCGCCGAGCAGCUCGACCAAGAGGACCCGCUGCGCCAUCGGCUGAACGAGACUCUAGACGAUCGCCUACUAGCUAGUAUUUUCAAGCGUCAUCCGAAGCCUCGCUACAAGAAACAAGUCCGGUAUCAAGGGGGAUCAUCGUCGGGAAACAGCCCGGCGCCGUCUCGAAACGCUGGCUCCGUUAGCAAAGAAGCUAUCCGUAUUCCCGACGUUGGCGCUCGAAAGGUCUCCAAGGCUGAACGCCUAAUAGCCGCCAUCAUGGCGGGGGGCACUAGUUCCAUCCACGGCCUGACGGGCAAGCCGUUACUAUACUUCACUUCAAUAUUUGUAUCCUUAGGUGUAUUCCUUUUCGGAUAUGAUCAGGGCGUCAUGUCGGGCAUCAUAACUGGAAAGUACUUUGAAGACUAUUUUGACCAGCCGUCACACUUUCAGAUUGCGACCAUGGUCGCUAUCUUGGAGAUUGGCGCCUUAAUUUCUUCGCUCAUGGUAGGCAGGAUCGGCGACAUUAUCGGCCGGAGAAAGACCAUUCUCUACGGUUCCUGCAUCUUCUUCGUUGGCGGCGCCUUACAAACAUUUGCCUUGAAUAUGGUCAUGAUGAUGGUCGGCAGAAUCCUGGCUGGUUUGGGUGUGGGCAUGCUCUCGACCAUUGUUCCGGUCUACCAGUCCGAGAUCUCGCCCCCGCAUUACCGGGGGAAACUUGCCUGCAUUGAGUUUUCGGGCAACAUCAUUGGAUACACUACUUCGGUUUGGGUGGACUACUUUUGCGGCUUCAUCGACGGCAACCUCUCCUGGCGCUUGCCCUUGUUGAUGCAGUGCAUCAUGGGCGCCCUGCUUGGAUUAGGGAGCUUGAUUAUCGUGGAAUCGCCGAGGUGGCUUCUCGAUAACGACCACGACGAAGAAGGCAUCGUAGUCAUUGCUAAUCUGUAUGGCGGCGGUGACAUUCACGAUCCUCGGUCUAGGGAAGAGUUCCGCGACAUCAAGAUGAAUGUCCUCCUGGCCCGCCAAGAAGGCGAGCGCACUUACAGCGAAAUGUUCAAACGAUACAGCAGGCGCGUCUUCAUCGCCAUGUCGGCACAGGCGCUCGCUCAGCUCAACGGAAUCAACGUCAUUUCGUACUAUGCCCCUUUAGUUUUUGAGGCGGCUGGCUGGCAUGGCCACGACGCCGUCUUGAUGGCCGGAAUCAACGGCAUUACGUACUUCUUGUCAACAAUCCCGCCUUGGUAUAUUGUGGAUCGAUGGGGUCGCCGUCCGAUUCUACUGUCAGGAGCCAUUGCCAUGGUCAUCUCACUCUCGAUGAUUUCGUACUACAUGUACAUCAACGUCGCAUCCACACCCAAGAUGGUCGUCAUCAUGGUGGUGAUUUAUAAUGCCGCCUUCGGGUACUCUUGGGGCCCGGUCCCCUGGCUUUACCCACCCGAAAUUCUUCCCCUGAAGAUCCGCUCCAAGGGCGCCAGUCUGUCGACUGCCACCAACUGGGCUUUCAACUGGCUGGUGGGGGAGAUGACGCCAAUCCUCCAAGACUUAAUCCACUGGAGACUGUACCUUGUACACGCAUUCUGGUGCGCCGUCAGUUUCGUCGUUGUGUACUUUCUAUACCCAGAAACUUGCGGAGUCCGUCUCGAGGACAUGGACGCCCUAUUUGGGGACGCCACGGGUGCGACCGGCACACCGGCGAUUCACGCCGAGUCGGAUGCCCUCGUACGUGCCGGGUCACCGGUGCCCCCGCUCGAUAUCAGGAACCAAGGCAACAGUGCUGCUAGGAGAUUUGGGUCUGCUGCCAGCGCGGCUAUCCCCGGCCUGCCUAUCGAUCCUCCCGAUGAUAUUGGUGAUGAUGACGGCAAGAAGAGCGGGUCUGCUAGGAAAUCCGGUUCCCACCAAGCGGGAGGGUUCGGUGGGUGGAUCUCGAGGAUCAUGGGCCGUGGGCGGGCCAGCGGAUCGAGUAGUGGCGCGCAGUACGCGCCACUUGACCAGCGCGAGGAUUAGAGUGGUGGUUUUGGGAUUGGGGGGGCUAUAUAGAGUAGAGAUCCUCCAGCUUUUGCUGACUGCUGGCUGCAGCUACAGCUGGUGCGACUGCGGCCGCGGCUUGCUUCGGGGUGUUAUGUGGUCACGUUCUUGCAUAUAGAUGGUGCGUGUUCAUUCAGGGUGUGGCAGUGGCUUCGCUGAAUGAGAGCAUCCCUGGUUUGGGAACAGCGCAUUUUGCAUCUUACUUCUGGGUUUGGUAUCCAACCGUUGAACGGCGAGACUGUUGAGCGCAACACAUGCGCUACUGUCUGCCGGGUUAUUUUGGGCUAAUAUAGAAUCUGUAUCCAUAUACGCUUUUUGCUAGUGGUAU